AUGGCAAUGAUGCUUGAUGACAAUGACAACACAGACUCUAACCUGCAACAUUUGGAGCAAGAGCUGGUCAAAGUAGUGAGCGACAUUAAAAAAAAGGAGGCCAAACUUGCUGAAAUAAAUUUGAAAGCUGGACUCAAAAAGAAAGGAGGAGGCAAACAAUCACAGGAAAUGACGGAAGGGCAGGUUAAGGAUUUGAAGAGGACCAUGUUCAUGCUGAAGGCAAAGAUUGAACACAUCAAAGAAGAUGAAGCUAUGAGCGUUGAUGACCAAGAGUCGAGGGAAGGCCUAGCUUCAGCUGGAGAAGGGCGAGAUCAAGAAGACAGUGGGAUUGCGAAAGCGAUAGACAACUCUGCUGCCUCAAAGGCCAGCACAGAACAGACAAAAAAUGCCAACAGGUCUCAUAUGACAGGCGAGGCCGUUAGCAUUGAUGACCAAGUGGAUAGCAACACGCUGCCAGCCGAUAAAUUGACAGAGAAAACGCCACAACCUGAAGGAGCAACAAGCCAUAUCCAACCGCAAAAAGUGACAAAAGAUAUUAGCAGGUGCCAGGGUGAGAUCAAAGCAGGGGAAUGCACUAUACUCGAGGACCAGCUGGCAAAGACUAUGGCCGAGCCUGCAGAGUUAAAAAAAAAAAAAUGGAGCGGGCUAAGAAACGACAGAUAUGUCAUGACGACAACAACAACGAUGAAUCUGAUGGAAGAAAUAAUAAGAAAUCAAAGACAGAUGUGGGUAGUGGAAGUUACAGAAAAAAUUGCCCUCUACAAGUUAUUGAUGGCUAGCUAA